CUUGCAGUGCUGUCAAACCAGCUGUAGACACUGCUUUGACGUUAUUUUUUUAAAAGCUACACAGCGUAGCCGCUAUUCUUCAGGAAUAAUGAGUAAAUAUAUUUUACCGGUGUCUGUUUUCGGAACAGUGAUUGGAAGCGCUGUUUUACUGAAGAACCAUGUAACUGGAGGACGAUGUCCUACUAAAGCUACUAUUACUGGGAAGACUGUGGUCAUAACUGGGGCCAACACGGGCAUCGGCAAAGAAACUGCACAAGAGCUGGCACGAAGAGGGGGCCGGAUCAUUAUGGGAUGUCGGGACAUGGAGAAGUGCGAGGCAGCUGCAAAGGAAAUUCGAGGGAAUACGCUGAAUCCUCACGUUUAUGCGUGCAAACUUGACCUGGCAUCUAUGAAGUCCAUACGAGAGUUUGCAGAAAAGAUCAAACAAGAGGAGAAGCAUGUGGAUAUUCUGAUAAACAACGCAGGGGUCAUGAGAUGUCCAGCGUGGAAAACAGAAGAUGGCUUUGACAUGCAGUUUGGAGUGAACCACUUAGGCCACUUUUUGUUGACCAGCCUUCUACUGGAUAAGUUGAAAGAGUCCGCCCCCAGCAGAGUGAUCAACCUGGCCUCGCUCGCCCACAUCGUUGGGAAGAUUGACUUGGAGGACUUGAACUGGGAGAAGAAAAAGUUUGAUACCAAGCAGGCGUACUGUCAGAGCAAGCUUGCCAACGUUCUGUUCACAAGGGAGCUCGCCAAGCGAUUACAAGGCACAGGAGUCACAGUGAACGCUGUACACCCAGGCGUUGUUGCCACGGAGCUGGGGAGGCACACGGGUCUGCACCAAUCACAGUUCUCCAGCUCGGUGCUCAGUCCCUUUUUCUCCCUGUUGGUGAAGAGCCCAGAGCUGGGGGCUCAGCCCAGCGUCUACCUGGCUGUGUCCGAGGACAUGGAGGGGGUGACGGGGAGGUACUAUGAUGUGAUGACAGAAAAGGAGCCAGCGCCGCAGGCUCUGGAUGACGAGAUGGCUCAGAGGCUGUGGGAAGUCAGCAGCAGGCUGGUGGGUCUGGAGAAGGAAGAGGAGGUGGGACGGUCUGACAAAUCAAACCCUCCAGCAGAAGUCCAGAGCAACAUUUCACAGGCAAACCUGGUGCAAGCACAAGGACAGAGAGCAGGAGCAGCUGUCAGCGCUGCAGGGCUGUAGGUCGGCUCAAGGAUGAUGGACUGAUAUUGCUUGAGCUGUGCCUGAGUCAAUGGAACAAUUAACUGUCUGAGUGUUUGAUUCCUGUUGUCUGAAGGUUCCUGUAUCAGGAUAGUUUCUUCAGAGACAGUAAAAAGCAGACUUUGUUACUAAACCCAUGCAAGACGGUGUAUUUUUAGAAGAAUUUUUUUUCUCCUUUCAAAUCCAAAGUUCAUCACCCAAACAAACUUAAUCUCACUAAUGUCAUAAAUCUCAGGGUUUCUUGAUGCUACUCAGUCUGGUCUGAAAGGAAAAUUCAGGUAUAUUUUUAAACACUUGAUAAAAAAAAUGAUGCUCAGAAAUGAAGGACAGUGUGUUAAAGAUGAGAAAUGUGUCAUGAUGUAUGAAGCAUGAAAAGGUGAAACUGAAACAGGCUUAGAGAAACAAAACAACAGGAAAAAAGCAAAAUACAAAUCGAUUUCAAAACGCUUGUUCUUUUUCAUUUAUACAUCUGUCACUUUGGUCAUUUUCUCUGUUAUCAUGCCAUCUGUCCCUUACAUCACAUAAGAACAGACAGCAUUUUUUCCAAACAGAGACAACACAAACAUAAAGUAAUAAAGUCACAAUGGUAUUAAAACAUUGAUGUAUUUGAAAAAUUUUGUCAUCUGUAAACACAUUUAUAUGUAUAUAAUUUUACAUUUGCUGUGAGUGAAUUCAUCUUUCCGGAUUCUAGAAAGAAAAAC